AGAAUGGCACAAACGGAACACACUGACUCUCCUGGACUCAAAAAGUGGCUGAAAACAAGAAGACCUUUUUAAAAAAAUAAAAACACGGACGUACAAGGAAUAAUGGAGGAAUGUGGAAGUUUGGACUCGGAGAUGACGGAGCUGACAGAGUUCCAGUGUGAGACUUCAGAUGUCAUGAGCCAGGAUGAUGAGGACGAAGUGGAGGAAUUGCGAAACAGUCUACGGGAGGUUGUCCAGGAUCAGUCUGUGAAGCCCAAACUCCAGUGCCUGAUGGUGGAUCCGUCGUUCUCGAUGGUGACUGUCCAGAGCGAGGACAGUGGCAUUGUUUGGGAGACAGCCUCCAGUCGCUGCUCUACUCCUUGGGCCUCUGAGACCAGCUCUAUCUCUGAAGCUUGCAGCAUGGAAGGGUCUGGAGUCGCCGGGAAAGUCACAAUUAUCUUUGAUGAGGAUAAAAUAGUCCGUAGGAGAACAAAGUCAGGAAGGAACAGCAGAUUGAGGGACAGGUUAAGCAGAUCUGGCGGUUCAAGGUCAGCCUCGGCUCUGGGAGUGGAGAGACCUGAGAUGGCAGAGGUGUCUCUCCCCAAUGUCAAAGAGCAACAGAGCGGAACAGGGACAGAUUUGGAAGAAAUCAAAACCAAAGAUCAGCAGUUGUUUAGUUUGAUUUCAGAGGGUUAUGAGAUUCUCAACAUCAGGGUCCCAUCCAAGCUUCCCACAGUGGAUGAAGAGGAGAGCACGGAACUGAAGGACAACAUGUCGUAUCUUGACCAAACUUCUAAGAUCAGAUCUCGAAAGCACCUCCUGGAAACCGCACAAAACCGUGGCUCGCCUCAAGAUGUGGAAAUGCUGGAAUGCAAUGAGCCCUUAAAUGAUGACGACACUGGUCCUCCGAUGGCCACUCAAUUGAGACAAACAUCCAUUCCAAAAGAUGGCUCCAAAGACAUCGACUACUUUGAGAAGUUUACCCUGGUGGAUGAGGUGAUUCCUGGACAAAAAGCUCAAGAUCUUAAAACUGAGGUGGAAGAACCUGCGAGGGAAAGCGGCAAAGUGGAAUCAAUUCCUACAAAGGUAGUCAGAGACAGCCCGUCAAAGUCAGAAGACUCGUUCGUCUUUGUGACAGACACGGAGAUAGUUGGAGAACACCUGGAUGAGGUUUUCUAUGGAGAAGGAGCUCCUGUAAAUGAAAUGCAGCAAAAUGCAGAUGAGGGGGUGGAAAGUUCAAGAGUGAGAAGAGAGAGCGGCUCGGUAUUGUUUGCGAGUGAAGAAACCACCCUCACCCCUAUUUAUAUCUCCCCUGGACCCCCUAAGAUCAUUGACCCCAUGCUGCUAGAAGAACCCACCGCCAUGUCGUUCAUGUACUCUGACCUUUAUGAGGAUGCUGUGGGUGAGAGGAGAAAGAGUGACGAGGAAUACUCAGAGGCAGAGAGCGUGACAUCUGAAAAAUCAUUUAGGCAAUGUUUGUCCGAUUCAGAAGAGGCAGCCGGAUACCUGGAAAAGUUCACUUUGAAGGAUGACACCCCCACAGUGGACCUUCCAGUUGAAUCCGUGGAGGACAAGAAGGAUAGGAGGAUGUUGUGGUCACUGAGUGAGUUUGAAAUGACAGGAUGUCUAACAAGAGCCGUGGAACAGGAAGAAGAUGAAAUCAAGACUGGGGAUACGGAACAAGCGGUUACCAUUGAACUAGUUGAAGAUUCAGCAGCAACAAAGUCUGAAGAGCAAGUUCCAGAAUUGGAAAGAAUAGAAGAUAAUGAAGAGCCAGCCCUUACUGUAGAUUUCGUUUAUGAGGACAGCCCAAAGAAAGAAAGCGUGCAAGCUCAAGAUGGAACUCCUGAGGGCUUCACUCACACGCCUCAAAAGAUCUUGACAGAAGAGGAAGAUCGGAGAAAUGAGCAAGUUAGCAGAAGUAAUACCCAAGAACGAUCCCGAACACAUGACCUACUUGAUCAGGAAUGUGUGAUGCCACCUACUGUUAUUGUUGACGUUCCUCAAACGGUCAUCAAACUUCAAGAAGAAGACACAGCAAGGGAAACUUGUGAGAAUCCCACAGCUGAGAUUGUGACAGUUGUUAGUAUGAACAUCCAGGAUGAGAUCCCAACAACAGAGGCGCAGAAAAAUGAGGAGGCUUCUGAAACCUUCGUUGAAAUGGAGAUACUAGAAGAGAAGUUGCCAUGUAAGAAAAAGGAGCUGGAUCCUGAGCAACCUGCUCCAGUUGAGAUCUUUACUGAUUUUGAGCCAAUGGUGCAUGCAGUCGUGAAGGCAACCGAGAAAACGGCGGAUGAAGAAGCGACACAGACUAAGGUUCACAUUGAUCUUCAGGAGGUGGCAAGUAUUCCUCAAGCAGAAACAACCACGGAGGUGUUGCCAUACAAUGUUGCCGUAGAUGAGUCGCCAUGUUUUGUAUCUGAUCAGGGGUUGAAGGUCAAAACCAAAAUGAAAGAACAGGAGACACAGUCAGAGCAUAAGAACCAGACACCUUCAAGAAGCAGCAAGGCUGACACUCCAAAAACUGAAAGGGACGACGACAUGAUUGUUUUUGUCCCCAAAGGCCAAGCUGUUGAGAUGGACAUAAACAGCAGCCCAUGCUCAGAGGAGAUUACAAAAAGUAAUGCAGUGACUCUAGAUGAUCUUGACGCAGAGUAUGUACACGUCACUAUAUCUGAUGAUGACACCAUGGAAACAAUAGCAACGCCUCAGUUGGAAGAAGCAACUGGACAGUUGGAAACUUUGAACAGGGUGUCCUCACCGACACCUUCAAUGGAAAAUGCAGAGAAGGAAGACCCAGAGAGUAACAAAGAUCAGAUCCUUUUUCCUCUUCUGAGGAGCUUUGCCCUACAAGAGGAUCUAUCUCUGCCUCAUGAGGAGGACCUACAACCAGAUACAGAAGAAUCAGAAGACGGCCCAGAAAAUGACUAUGUGAACACGUACACAUGCUUGGAGAUUGGUCUUCACAUAGAGAACGAGGACGGACACAAAGCUCAAGAUGAGACACUUGAAGAUAUUCCAGAGGUGACAUGUGAUGAUUAUGAGAUGAUUGAUGAACAGGACAUCAGAGAGCUUGUAGAACCUGAAGUACUGGAAGAAGUAGAGGAACCAGCGCUGAUGUCUGUUCAAACGACUGAGGUGGUGGAAGAAGGAGCUGAUGUGGAUGUGUUUGAAGACAAAGAUCUCAUUGAGGCUGAUUACGACAUCAUUGAUGCUGAGGAGCAGCGUCGGGCCCAAUUAGCUGCUGAACUUGAGGGGAUGGAUUGGUUCUGUCUCACCUGUCAGUGUUUGCUGUCGAAGGACGACUGUGAUUCUGGGGACCAUGAUGGACACGAGGUGCUUGAAGUGGACAAAGCCUUUGAGGACAUCAGGGAGCGACUGAGUGAAUGGAUCGCCGAGCUGCAGGAAAGAUCUGAGAACAUCGAGGACCUGGUGUCUGAGCUGGAGUUGGCCUACCACUCUGUGGAGCACCAGUGUGUUGAGAGCGAGGCAGCCAUGCAGACGCAGAACGACGAGACCAUGGCUUUGGUGAUGGAGCAGUACAACGAGAUGUCCGUCAACAUGGAGGAGGAGAAGAAGACCAAGCUGGAGCAGCUCUACGACCAGAUUGUCUGCUUCCAGGAGAGCAUCGACACGGCCAAGGCUACCCUGGAGACCACGGCCAGAGAAACUGAGACGGACGCUCGGACCCCUGAGGACAUUCAUGCAAGGCUUAAAGCAGCUUUGGACUUGACCAUGUCACUGGAGUUGGGUUCCAAGGGAUUGCUGGUGUUUGAGGAUUACGCCAAAGGCAACACCUCCAGCCCACAGCUCACGCAUCGAAAGGGAAUUCCAGUCCCUCAGAGGCCCACGUUGGAGCCCCAGAAGGCAGGAUCGGCCACCGGUGUCAGUGUCACCGUUUACUGGAGGGUCAACCCCGGGGACAUCAUUGACUGCUUCCAGGUCUACUGCAUGGAGGAGCCACAAGGAGCUGUGUCCGAGGAGUACCGUGUGACGGUGAAGGAGAGUUAUUGCAUCCUGGAGGAGCUGGAGCCUGACAAGUCUUACAAAGUGUGGGUGAUGGCUGUGAACUACACAGGCUGCUCUCUCCCCAGCGAGAGGCUCAUCUUCAGCACCGCUCCAUCUGUGCCAGUAAUGGAUAGCGAGCGCUGCAGCGUCACGUGGGAUUCGGCCACGCUGAGAUGGAGCCCGGCCAAACAGAAUCCUGCACAGACUUUCAUCCUGGAAUACUGCCGCCAGUACGAGCUGGAAGGAGAUGGGCUUAGAUCAAUUGCCGGGAUAAAAAACUGUGAACACAAAGUUCUACUGCAGCCAAAUGAGAAUUAUCUGUUUUACAUCAAAGCUGUAAAUGAAGCUGGAGCCAGUGAACAAAGCGAGGCUGCUCUCAUUUCAACCAAAGGAACAUGGUUUCACUUGCUGAAAGCUUCAGCUCACUCUGCUCUGGAGCUGUCAGAAGACCAAACCACAGUUUACCUGUCCCAAGAUGCUCAUGAACACAUAUCAUCCACAGAAAACCAAUCCCCAUCCAUCCUCGGUGAGUUAUUACCAGCCAAGGGUCACCACUACUGGGAGACCACGGUGUCUGGAUGUGCAGCUUACAGGCUCGGAGUCGCGUACAGCUCAGCACGGAGAAAGUGGCUCCUGGGGGAAAACAAGCUUUCCUGGUGUUUACAGUGCAUCCCGUCACCAUGUGGUUGCCAGUACCAGAUGCUCCAUGGUGCCUCUCAGUCCAGUGUCUUUGUGAUUGAGUCGCCCCAGCGGGUGGGUACGCUCCUGGACUACCAGCGAGGUCAGUUGGGCUUCUACAACGCCCAAACGGGUCAGUUAUUGGGGUCUUUCAAGCACAAAUUUACCGCGCCGUGCCACCCUGUUCUGGCCCUGGACUCGCCGGGUCGACUGGAGGUCGGCAUGGUGCCGGAGGUGCCGGAGUUUGCCAAUGAUUGAUGAAUGAUUUUGAUAAAGCUUGCUGUCAUGAAAAAAAAGACAAAAGACACACAGAAUUGGAUUGACUCGAUCCUCAUUGUAAAAAAAAAAUAUGAAAUUGUAAAUAUCAGAUAUCUAGAUGAUAUAUUAGUUAGGAGGUGAAAUGUAGUUAGACUGACAUGAGCAUGACAUUUUGGAAUAGUGUCUCCCAACACCUUCACAAAAAAAAAAAAACUUCUAAUGUUAGAUAAUUAAUUUCAAGCCUCUGAGUUUAAUCUUUCAAUGAAUUCUACGGCAGCACUUCGCUUCCUAUUGUGAAUAUGCCUGUUUUUGUAUGGAGAUUUUUUUUUUUUGUAAACAGAUGUGAUUGUGUGUUUUUGUUUCCGUGUUCUGUUUCUAUUUUCUUUUCUUUCUUUAUUGGAAACAGUUUGUGAAAUGAGUGACCAUGAUUAUUUUUCCAUUUGCUCUACUGGUGUUUUGAUUCAGUGUGCCAAGUUUCAUCACUAGAUGGCCCCAGUGGAUCCUGGAAUUUUAGUCCUUAAACUGCUGGGUUAAAACUUGGACCAUGCCAAUGUUUUGAGUUGUUUUGUGCAAAACAACCCAGGACUUCCUGGGUCAAAUUGACCCAACUUCCUGGGUCAGUCCGAUUUUUAACCCAAUUUGGGUUGUUUUUGACCCAGCAGUUUUAAGAGUCUGUUGAUGCAAGAGUAAUUUUGCAUCGUCAUGCAAUACAACACAAAUGCUUAAUUGGGGGAUUUGUUUUGGGUCAUGCAUUGUUCACACACUCCCUAACAAAGCAGCCAAGACUCAGCAGGAGUCUUUCUCUAAUGUCAACAAUAACUGGGACACUAUUUGAUGUCGGCCUGGCACGAUUUUCUUUCAAUUAGUCGCUCUUGUUUUCCAUAGCCAAAGGCCAGGGGCAAACAAAGCGAGCUUUAUGCUCCAAACAAGUAAAUAAAUUAUCACACUAUCAAAGCCAAGGCGAGCCAGCAUAAGCUAUCACGUAAACGUUUGAAAGCAAGGAUUAGUAGUCAUGAGUGGAAAAAGAAAAUCACGUAGUUUUUGUACUAUAUUCCUUUUUUAUUUGAAGCUGUUACCUUCCAUUCAAAGUGCAUUAGCAACAUCUGCAGAUUUCAUUUAAGACCUCAAACAAAAAAUAAAAGGAGCAAUGAAGGCACACAAACAAGCAUUGAGUACAGUAUAGUCCUCACAAGUCUGCACACAGGAUGAAAAAAAAGAAUCUAUUAAAAUACCUUGCAUUGAAAGGAAUGCAUCAUUUUUAAUUGGAUACUUUUUCAAUACACAAUAACACAGAUUUUAGUAGCACAUCAAUCCAUAUUUGAUAAUGAAACCCAAU